UACAUUCGAUUUUAUUUAAAAAUGGAUUUUCCGUACGUUGCAGUUACGUAUUUGGUCUAUCCAUGAUUUAUAGUUACGAAUUUUACAGCCACUUUUAACGAAACAUGAAGAUACAGAGAACACGGUCGAAGGAAGUUCAACAAACAAAAGUAAUAACACCAAUUAGAGUGCACAAUAUUAACAUUCAUGGGCGCUGAAGUGUAUUUAAAGCUUUUUCUAAGCCAUUUUAAUAUUUUGUCGAUACGAAAAAAUAUAGUCGCGUAUAAAGAAUCUAUAUUAUUGUUUAGUUCUGCCAACCAAAGCUGCUGUAUUAGCAAACAAAGGCAAAGACGAAAGAAACAGAUUUUACAACAAGACUGUAAACGCUCGAAAACAGCCACGGUUUAUUGCAGGGCUUUAAUACGUCUACUGUCGCGUACACGAUAAAAACAUAUACAGUCAAACGAGCCAAUAACAACAAACAAUAAUAAAAAACGAUUGCACCACUAUGCUUCGGCAAAAAAAAAUUUAAGUUAUGAUGUAUGCAACACCUUUCGUCUGUAAUACUUUAUAUUUAUAAAUAUUUAUCCGCGUAUGAUAACCUAAGAAAUAACCUAACGUCAAUGAACGGAAUCAAAUAUAGGAACGCAACAAACAAAGGUAAUAAAAAACGAAGGAACUUAAAAUAUUGACCUUGCUAGUUCAAAGCCUACCCAGGAUCUACUAGCCCACCACAUUUUGUACCAUAUCAUAUUUUAAGGAAGCGGAGAGUAAGAAAAAUAUGUCGUAAAUAAUUAACGUAUAUAGGGUGGUAAUUAAAAAACAUCAAUUGAGUAAAAUAAUAACUAAAAUUGUUGGACAAAAGGCGGUCAUUUUAGUCCAUAUAAGUUUAUACGUUCGCGUAUUGAAAACAUAGAAAUAAAGAGUAAAUAGGCGCAAUCUAACCUAUUUCGACCCAUGCCGCUUGUACAUACAAAUCAAACGCUCAUUGAUAAUAUUUUGGCGAUCGAUGCAAACGCGAUUUAUACACACCCUGUCUCCUCGCUUUACAGCUGCGUUUGACGUAAAUGGAAAUCAUGGCAAAGAACCGACGUAGAAUAACACCAGGAUGUAAACAUGGAUUUUCAGUAUAAUUUUAACGGGGUGCUGUUCGUCGAGAAUUUUAGACAGUCAUUGAUACAACAUAGUAUUGCGAUAUGACAUGUACGAGUUGCAUCGAGAAAUUAAAGGAAUUUACAGAGUCAAAGGUCUUCGCGGUUGUCAUUGUUUACGCUAGUUUGAUGGUCGAUAAUAUGCUUUUGACUGCGGUGGUACCAAUUUUACCGGAGUACUUCUAUAAACGCCACGUCCAUGAGGUCGAGGCAGCUAUGAAAGAAACGUUAACAACUUCUAAAACAACGUUUCCAACGACAACUCAAGUAUUUCUGAAUUAUACAACUCCAUGCAGUCAUCUACCCGAAGAAAAAUAUCUUGCGAAAGAACCUAUCUAUAUUGGAAUACUAUUUGCUUCUAAACCAAUUGUUCAAACAGUGACCAAUUUAGCCGUCGGUCCGAUUACAGACCGAAUUGGUUUUGAUGUACCAAUGCUUGUGGGGUACUUGAUAAUGACUUCAUCUGCGCUACUCUUUGCAUUCGGCCAGGAGUACGGAGUGCUUUUAUUGGCAAGAGCUAUUCAAGGUGUGGGAUCAGCUUGUGCUGCGACUGCAGGAAUGGCCUGGUUGGCAGACCGCUAUUCUGAUAACACCGAGAGGGGACGAGCCAUUGGUAUUGCACUGGGUGGCUUAGCUUUGGGUGUCUUAACUGGUCCUACUUUUGCUAGCAUUAUCUACCAGCUCGCCGGUAAAGAAUGGGUUUUCAUAAUACUCGCCAUACUGUCUUUGAUUCUGGUGGCGCUGCAACUUACAACUCGAAAAAUGAAAGUAUUUCGAAAACCUUUAGAAGAAAGCGGCACGCCGAUAUAUACACUAUUGAAAGACCCAUACAUCUUAGUUGUUGCAAUCAGCAUUGCCGUUGGAAAUUCAGUCAUUGGGAUAGUAGAGGCCGGGCAGCCAAUCUGGAUGAUUAAAACUAUGUGCCCAACCAAAUGGGAAUUAGGAGUGGCUUUUCUACCGAUAAGUAUCUCAUACUUAAUAACAAUUAAUUUGGUCGCACAAUUUGGACAUAAGGUUGCUCGAUGGAUAUUCUGUCUUGCUGGAUUUUACUGCUGCACCAUCGGUGCCAUCGCCUAUCCAUUUGUUCGCAUAGUUCCGGAAAUAAUUGGACCUGGUAUUGUUCUGGGAACUGGUGUUGGUUUUGUCGAUUCUCUUUUACCUGUAAUGGCUUUUCUGGUUGACACAAGGCACAAACCGGUCUAUGGAAGUGUGUAUGCGAUCGCUGAUAUUUCAUUCUGCAUGGCUUUUAUAUUAGGGCCUCUGAUAUCGGGCGGUGUUAUUACACUCGGGGGGUUUAAAUGGCUAAUGUGGGGCAUGGCUAUUGUACUGUUUGCGUAUGCACCAGUGGUGUGCCUUUUACGCAAAGUUCUGUUUAAGGACGAAGAGACGAUGCCAAUUCUCUACCGAGCGGAAGAAACACGUGCCGAGGAAAGCGACUCUGUCUUUCAAUAAUAAUGCAGUAUUUCGUCUGUUUUUAACUUCACAAUGCUUUGGCAGCAUGCACUUCGCAUUAGAUAAACCCAGACUUGAAUGUUAGCUUAUUUAUACACACAAUAAAAAAAUUAAACUG